CCCUUACAGGAAGUGGAGUAAAAAAGUCUCCAAAGAGUUUUCGAAACUCAAUCAAGAUAUAUAUUUUGUCAACGGGCAGUGCAGCGCUAAACAAAGCCGCGGGGAAAAUAUGCACUACUAUCGUUAUGAAAAUGCAGAAGUCAGUUUCUGUUACAAGUACCUCAUGUUCAGCUACAACAUCAUAUUUUGGCUGGCUGGAGCAGCAUUCAUCGCCAUUGGGUUCUGGGCCUGGAGUGAGAAGGGAGUACUGUUGGACCUGACACAGGUAACACGGCUGCAUGGCUUUGACCCUGUGUGGCUGGUGCUGUUGGUGGGAGCGAUCACCUUCAUCCUGGGCUUUGCAGGAUGUGUAGGAGCACUCAGGGAGAACAUAUGCCUCCUCAAGUUUUUCUCAGGGGUGAUCGGGUUAAUCUUCUUCCUGGAACUGACUGCGGCCGUGCUGGCGUUCGUCUUCCAGGACAACGUCAGAGAGUGGAUCAACGACUUCUUCCUGGCCAACGUCAAGGCCUACAGAGAGGACAUCGACCUACAAAACCUCGUUGACUCCCUGCAAAAGCUGAACCACUGCUGCGGAGCCAAGGAGCCUGAUGACUGGAACCUGAACGUCUACUUCAACUGCACCAACAACAACCCCAGCAGAGAGAGGUGCGGAGUGCCCUUCUCCUGCUGCCUCAGUGACCCUGCAGACUCAGUUUUAAACACCCAGUGUGGCUAUGAUGUCCGUCAACAUCUAAAGGGGGACUGGAUCAACUAUAUUUACAUCAAGGGCUGCAUCCCAGCCUUAGAGGAAUGGCUUCCACGGAAUCUCUACAUAGUAGCUGGAGUAUUCAUCAUUAUAUCUCUGCUUCAGAUGAUGGGCAUCUUCUUGGCUCGGACACUGAUUGUCGACAUUGAGAAGGUCAAGUUUAACUACUAGUGAGGGGUGUGGUGGAAUGCAUAGGCCUACAGGGUACUGUACUGAGAGAGAAACUAUCCACCAUCCAUUCCGCCCUCUCUUUGAUCUCCCUCUCUGAGCCCCGGCAAGGGAUGAGAGAAGAGGACAAAAAUACUUCUUCCAUACCUAUGGCUCGUUAUCUUUGGACUGUUCUGUCAGUCUCUGAAGACUGAUACCUCUGCAGAGCCUGCACAGUGGACAUGAAGCUGCCUUAUUCAACUAGACUCGUAUGUGCCUUCUCUCACAGGAUUGCAGUCAGACUUCAACGAACCACUUAAAAAUAGCCUCUGGGUUUCCCUUUAAAUAUGUUUCUGAAUUAGAUACAUUCUUGUAUUGUUUGCAUCAGACACUCUGAACAUCUCUCCUGGGAACAGUGUCUUAACCAAUCCACCCAGGUAGAAUCCUGGGUGAAUUCAUCAUACCUCAACAAUGAUCAAAAACAACAAUGAAGUCAUCGCAACAAAAUUGUUGAAUAUCAGACUGUGUGAGCAGUAAGAGUUGUCUACCACAUCAGUGAAAAUGUAAUUGCUCCAAUAUGAGACUUUGCCCUAGAGCUCUUUCUGAAUCAACAUGAUCUCAGCACCGCAUUGUGUGACGGCUAAUAUCAUCCUCCAGCCGGCUCUCUCUGUUGAACCGUCUGGUUUCACAGCGCCUCAGAACUUGACUCGACUGGAAGUCUAUGGCAGGAGCGGACCAAACAACCAUUUGUUUUAAUUGGCUAAUCUAUCACCAUCUAGCAUAACCCUUAGAAACUCCCCCUACAUUGAGAACUUUAAAGCUCGAGCAGCACAGGUGAUUUAAACAAGUACUUURAGAUUUUCUGAACUCACACUUCGAGAAAUAUAUUUUCAGAUAUCAACUUUAAAUCCUGAACUCUGAAUCAAUUGAGCUCCUCAAAAAUAAUAUGGCAAUGUGAUAGAACAUUUAUAUUGAUUGGCUAUUUUUGCCAUAUUUCAGUCUCAUCUAAUACAGCUGUAUCAGGCUUGCUGUCUCCCACCUCGAUUUUAUCCACACCCCUUUCAAAUCCCACUUUGUUGCUCAGUGUUACCAGGCUCUAUGCAACAGCAAUUUGACCCUGGGGACUAGGUUAGGACAAGCUUUCAACUGGAACCACCAUUGUACCUUAGCUCUCAGCUAAACAUUGGGGAAAUUCUCCUGGCUCUUAACCAUUUAAUCAGUCUGCAGCUGUUCAAACCCACAUGUGCACUGCUGAACCUCUGACUGGUUGUCAGUCAAGCCAUGUCUUUUCUAUAAGUCAUGUCUCAUAACUUGUCAUACCAACUUGUCAGUCCACAACGUGCAUCAAAUGCUUCUGAGCAGAAGUUGAGUAUUGAUCAUUGAGAUACAUACUACUUUCCUUAAGGGAAAGUGAAUUGUGGAUGCAAUGCGUAUGUAGAUAGUUGACAUGUUUUAUUUUGAUCAGUGUUAGAUGACCUGUCAGUGAAGUAUUAGUUAGUUAGCCCUCAGAGUAGCGGAGUUUGAUUAUUUUGCUGUUGUGUUGAUGGGGCUGCCCGAUUGAACUUUAUGUAGAAGAUAUACAAUUACAACUGUACUUGAUGCCCAACCCACCAGCGUCUCUCCUCAGUCCAGACCAUAUACCUCAACAAGGCCCCCAGCAAUCAUCCAAGUGACCACGCCUAACAUUAUUCAAAGCGUUCUGAAUGCAUAUCUGGCAUGAGGUUUUUGCCUCAUGCCAGUUAACUGCCAGUCCCUCCAUACAUUGAGCUUGCUUUACUUCCAUCCUGUCCAAAGAUACUCUGCUCGUUCCCCCUACUCUGCUGUCCUCGUACUAGAAAGGGGAGCUUUACAGAGGCAUCUAUGGAGGGUUAUGGAAUGUUGAUUGAGGAUAUAUUUCAUGGGAUUUUAUAUCUCAUGAAUGCUAGAGUUGAGCUAUAUAAGUUACAAGAUAAAAGAAGCAAAUGAAAGCAAUGGAGUUGACGGUCAUUCAGGCCUUCAACUGCACAUCUGCUGGUGAAUGUCUGUCAUGUAGUUUGACAAAAAAAAAGUGUGUUACUGAUUGUUUCCAUCUAAUCAUAUGAGUGUUUUUAACAAAGGGAUGUUCUGUAAUGACAUUUUGUAAAUGUGAAUUUUCUUAAUUCUGGAUAGGUUUUUAUAAACAAUAAAGUAUGUUUGUCCAUUUUG